CGAAGUGAAGGUUUUGGGCGCCGCGAGCAAACAGUUGCAAUGUUCUUCAGCCAUUGGGAACAAGAAUGAAAUGCCCACAGAGCCCGCGGGGCGUGCAGAUGGCUUAGGGGCAGCGGCUGCUGCGCUGAACCAUCCUGGAUCUGGGGUUGGCAGCAUCACAGGAGUUCCCAGUGGGCCUUCUGGCUCAAGACAUACUUCCUCGAACAGGCCGGAACCUCACAUCUUCAUCUCUGCCGUGAAUCUGCCCGCGAAGCCGUCUUUGAUCAAGCAUGUUAGGCGCUUCUUCCUCAAAUAUGGAAUUCAAGCCGUUCACAUGGAUGCAGCAGGAUUUUACAUCACUUUCCCGGACACUGAUUAUGGACGAAGGAGGCUCGCGGUAUGUGCCGAGCGCACAAGAUCUGCUGUGAUGUUCAGUCAAUAUCACUUGAGGCCAGAGGUCUUCUACGACAAAAGGAAAGUGACAGACCUCAGGCAGCUAAGUGCGCCAUCUGCGGUAGAGCGAUCACGGUUAUCCUCUCCAGGCACAUCGAUCCUUGGUGCGGCGAAGAAACUGAAUAAAACGGGGCCGGCAGCAGUGGUUCACGAUACGCAGGAACCACUGCUCACGUCGCGCCCCUUGAAUUCGAGUCUGGAUCCACAGGCGCCAAAAGCUGCUAUCCAUGUAUCCGACAAAAACAACAGCAAUUCACGACAAUUCCCUAGCGUUGUAGCACAAGCUGGGGCCUCUGCGUCCCCGCCGGCGGAUGAUACCACCACAUUCGAUAUAUCACCUUCUCGCCAACCUCAUAUUAGUACCUCAUCUGUGCAUAGUGGGACAACUUCCUCAAGUCGAUCGAAGAGCGUCCAGUGCUACGUCUGCAAAGGACUGGGUGGGGCCUUGUCGUUGUGCAAGACUUGCGCUCGCCACUACCAUAAUCACUGUCGACCACAGGGAUCGACAUUAGACUCUUUUCGCAGGCACUGGCAAUGUGCGAAUUGCGUGUGGAAAGGCAAGCCGCAAAUACACAAAGCCAUUGACCACGAGGUGUCCUCCAGUGCUGCCGAGGCUCGGGGACCGCUGCUAGGCACUGUGCGUGUAGAGGCGCCCAUCAAUAACGACCUUCACCGAACUCGGGACAACAGGAAAUCAACUCCUGCAAAUAGCGAGCUUCGUGAUGCAGUCGCACCUAUAACCACACCCAUUGGCCAGAAUGGACGCAAAGCACCGGUACAACAGAGUACAAACCUGGGAAUAACUCGGCAUGGGUCUCAGCAACAAUCAUCGGAAACACAGUCACUACAUCGCAAUGAACAUACAGACGAAGCUGCUGUGCCCGAUCGUGAUCAAUUCCCAAUACAAGAACGAGCCGAAGCGGCGGAUACCAAUACGAACAAACUCAAACGAAAUGCUGAGUUAGACGAGCAGACGGCCGACAACGAUGGCCACGACAGUAUUCGCUGCCCUCUAAUCAAAAGAGCACGAAGAUUGGUCUCAGAUGUGGACAAGGAGAACAAUAUUCCGAAUGGAAUAGCACCGGAUGUCGGGCACACGACCGCCGUUUCUGCCGCGCAGAGACAAACGGAGUCUGCACCUCUGUCCCUACUAGAAUCCAAUGGUAUUCCUACUACUUCUAGUAAAUGCGUCACUCGAGCUUCUGAUCACGACAGCCUCGACGAGGCACAAGAUUUGGUUGAGAAGAGUUUCGCAGCCGUCGAUCCAGCCACGAACAAAGUCAACGGCCCCAAGAAGCUCGAGAUCACAAGGGUCAAACGACAGGAACCACGAAAGGAUCCGCCUGCACCCGGCAAUGAAUACAACUAUGUCGCUGUCGAGCAGUCUCCUGAUCGAGGUUUGGCCAGCACUGAAGAAAGCCAGGAGCCUGCUAGGGGACCUAUUUUUGCACAGUCCGAAGCAAUUGAUGUCGAUACAUCGUCAGGAAUGGCCGAGGCUUCUGCAUAUUCAACAGGCUUGAGCUGGGAAGCACCUAAUCAGCGGCAGGUCCUUGAAGACGAGGCAUCCUUGGUGACUCAUAAGAGGUCGAUGAAAACAGGUUCGCCAAGCAACAGCCUGCCUCAGUCAAAAGCUCCAAAGCCUAGUGGGUAUGCAAGGGCACGACGGCACAAGAGCUCAAUGAAGUGCAGCUGUGGGAAGAGUGUGCCUUUCAACCCUUCUGGCAAGUCGGACUGUACAGCAUGCAAAGAAAAGUCUGCGAAGGGAACGCCGAUACCCGAGCAGGCAGAGAUAGCCGAAGAUAUGAGAGUAUCGCCAUUGUCAGCUGUGGAGACUGUCCGCAGGGUCAUCGUCCCAGAAGCUGCUACCAAGCACAGACAAGGCAGUCCAUCGCACAAAGCCCUCGCUAGCAGCGAAAAUGAGAUAUACGCACGCGCUUCCUCUACUGUAGCCACGGGGUCUACAGAAGCGAAUAAAGUAACUGACGCUUCUGAGAUAUUUGACCUGUCUGGACAAAUUCAAGAAACUGGACUCAGCCAGGUACAUGACAGACAAACGGCUUCUGCGAGCGAGCCUUCGAAGAUGCAUCUUCAUAUGCAGCCUACAGAGCCUACAGAGCAUACCGAGCCAACAGAGCCUGCGGAAUCCACGGAGCCUACAGAGCCUCCGGAGCCUCCGGAGACCAGCGAGAUCGACGCUGAAUGCGCGUUACCUUUGCAAGAGGUUGCCGAGGGUUUCACGUCGUCUGAAGUUGGCGACGCAAGUCCUGCUGCUGCAAUUAAGAAGAGACAAGAGGAGUGUAAAAGCCAGAAGGUCGAUGACAUCGACCGAAACGACCUUGGCGACUCAUUCAGCCGUCCUGACGGUACAUACUAUCGUCUUAUCGGCAUGGCACUUUGCGCCGCUAAUGCCAACCGAGCCACGGCACAGUGGAUUUUACAAUGGAUAACUCGGAAUAUACCCAACUACGCACUAGGUGAAGGCAAGUGGGCUCACAACCUCAGGGCUGUUCUAUCUCAAAAUGCUGUGGGCAAGACUGGGAAGAGUCUCGUUACUUCCAUCACUGUAGACUCUAGUAGUAGAGCUAAGAGAGUCGUCUAUGAACUUCUGCCAGGUUUGGCAGAGGAGCUAGAGCGAUGGGAUGAGGUGCUGCAGCGACCGAUGUUGCCUUUAGCAAAGCGGCAGAGCUAUGGGCAACCUCUUCUCGGCAAGGCCCCGGAGGAAAAUAUCGUUGCUCAGAAGACGUUACCGACAGGCAAUAUGAGGAUGCCUAAAGCGAAAACAACGAAGACCACGAUGGACCCUGUCGACGAUGUGAUGGACGUUGAUAACGACGAGUUCAUCCAACAACACCGAGAUCAAGGCGCUGAUUCUGAUGAUGGCAUGCACAAUGAGGACUGGACCACCGACGCCAUGCGCAAGCUUGAUGCCGGGAUGGGAAGAUUCGCACCGCAGCUUUCGCGACCCGACUGUUUCAGUGCCUGGCAUACGACUAUUCCCUGCAGCCGAUCUGCAGAAAGAGGCUUCACCACCAUACCUUGAUGAAGAAGAAGAAAAGGCAUUGUUGCAUAUGAUUCGGGAAGAUCAUCGGACACGAAACUCCACCUCGAGAUCUCUGUUCACAAACAGGCCGCAGUACGAUCCUAGCAGUGAGGUCAAACGGCAAGCCAAGAUUGCCGAAAUCUCUAAGCGUCCACGGCGGAAGGAUAUCAUUGGCAAACCCGCAGGCUAUUCUGUACUCGGCUGGACUGGCUUGUUCGAGGAACGAUUAUCGACGACCUCGAGAGAUGUCUCGCCGACGAAGAAGAACCGUGGGCCCCCGCUCUUAGCUGAUGACGGCACUCCUAUCCAAGUGUUUCGCUCGUUAGAAGACUUCCUCGGCCUUCCAGAUGAUCUAGUGCCGGCUAUUGUAAACAAGCAACUGGUAUACAGACACAAGGACGGGAACAAGAGAGCAGUAUACAGGACCGGCAUCUAAAGGUUUGACAGCUUUUCUAGCGCGCCUGAUGCCAUUACUUCAACAAUGACUUUUCGUGUGUAUUAAUUACUAUGCAGCUAUGGAUCAUUGCGUAUGAGCAUCAUCA